UGCCCCAGAAUUCCUGUCGCUCUCGCGCUCCCCUCGAAUCGUCUCCCCCGGUGUCUGAUACCCGAAUCGAAGAAAAGAGGACGACGCCGAAACCCUAACCCUAACCGUAGCCCUAGAUUGGCUCCCGAUGAGAUGGGAGAUGGAGAUGGAGGAGAUCGAGGCAGUGCUGGAGAGGAUCUGGGACCUUCACGACAAGAUCAGUGAUGCCAUCCACGCCAUCUCCCGCGCACACUUCCUCAAAUCCAUCAAGGCCCUCAGCCAUUCUGCCCGGGAGAACAAGCACCCGCCGGCGGCGGUGGAUGGAGGGGACGGUGAGGCGAGGAGCGGGUUCGUGUUCGUCAAGGAUUUCCGGGCCGAGGGGGACGAAGCGGUGAUGGCGGAGGCGAGGAGCCUCAACGCCAUCCGGACCGCCCUAGAGAACCUCGAGGACCAGCUCGAGUUCUACCAUACUGUACAAUCACAACAGCGGGCAGAACGAGAUGCUGCUAUAGCAAGGCUAGAGCAAAGUCGCAUUAUUCUUGCAAUGAGAUUGGCUGAUCAUAAGGGAAAGAAGUACAAAGUCAUUGAAGAAGCUAUGGAGUUUGUUGGAGAUGUGCAUAAUACUGGCCAUUUUGUCUCACCAGAAAACCUUUAUGAGAUGCCAAGGAAUCAGGCAGGUGAUAAUUUUCAAAUUCACGAGGGAAAAACGUCAAGUGUCAUGAUGCGGAUGUUGAUUUCCAGUUUUGCUUUAGCUAAGCAGUCAUUCAAAUUGGAAAGUAUUGGCAGUGUGCUAGGGAACGCUGCUGUGUUUGCUGUAAGUAUGCUUGCUUUGCUACAACUGCAUCAAGUGGCUUUCAGGAGUGAAAAUCUACAGAUACAAGAUCAGACUUUUUACAGGAGGAGAAAUGAAAAGAAUAUUUCUCAGUUGGAGAAUUCUUCUCCGACUAGUCGGAUGAAGCAUUUUGAUGUAUUAUCAGCUAGGGGCUAGGUCAAAUAUUUUGAGUGCUUGGAGUGAUGCUUGUACAUGUUGUUUUGGAUUUGUUAAGAGCAAUUGUUGUCGCACGGACUUUUUGAUCAUAGUGCCUUCUAACUGUUGUAUCACAAAAUCUGUAAUCAUAUUCUGCUUAGAUUAGUAGAUUUGUCGUCACCUCGCUGUCCUGAUCAUUUUCCAGAUUGAUCAAUUAUGAUCAUAUGAAUUAGUUUGU